AUGGUGGAAAGAGGGCCCGAUCAGUGGCUUGAAAAAAUAAAAAAAUGCCAAUCGCUCACAGAAAGUGAAAUGAAGCAAUUAUGUGAGAUGGUUAAGGAACUGUUAAUGGAAGAAUCAAACAUUCAGCCCGUGCAGACACCUGUGACGGUAUGUGGUGAUAUUCACGGCCAAUUCCACGAUCUUUUGGAGCUUUUUAGAACCGCAGGCGGAUUUCCAGACGAAAUCAACUACAUCUUCCUUGGUGACUACGUGGAUCGUGGUUACUACAGUCUUGAGACUUUCACACUUCUGAUGUGUCUGAAAGUAAAAUAUCCGGCUCGGCUGACUUUGGUGCGAGGAAACCACGAGUCACGCCAGAUCACACAAGUUUAUGGAUUUUACGAGGAGUGUCUAAACAAAUACGGGUCAACAACAGUUUGGAAAUACUGCUGUCAAGUGUUUGACUUUCUAACGCUGGCGGCAAUCAUUGACGGCAAAAUCCUGUGUGUGCACGGAGGUCUGUCGCCCGAAAUACGCAUGCUGGACCAGAUUCGAGUGCUGUCAAGAGCUCAGGAAGUUCCACACGAGGGUGGCUUCUCGGACCUGUUAUGGAGUGAUCCUGAUAACGUGGAGGCGUGGCAGGUUUCGCCGCGUGGGGCCGGAUGGCUAUUCGGGAGCAAAGUGGCGCGCGAGUUCAAUCACGUCAACGGCUUAAAUCUCAUAGCUAGGGCACACCAGUUGGUCAUGGAGGGAUUCAAGUAUCAUUUCCCAGAAAAGGAUGUCGUUACGGUGUGGUCUGCCCCCAAUUACUGUUAUCGCUGUGGGAAUGUGGCGAGCGUAAUGAAAGUGGACGAGGAUCUCGAGCCCUCUUUCAAGAUCUUCUCCGCAGUGCCCGACGAUUACAUCCAGGAGAACAACCACAAUAACCAACGUGGUGGCUACUUCUUGUAA